AUGAUUGAAAAAGAGCCCGAUUGGCUUGGUCCUCGGGUAUUUUUCGAUGUAUCAAUAGCUGGUAAUUUAAUAGGUAGAGUAAAGAUAGAAUUGCGUCCUGAUAUAUGUCCAUUAGCUUGCGAAAAUUUUAGAAGAUUUUGUACUGGCGAAUACAGGCCAAAAGGAGUGCCAUUAGGAUACAAAGGGACAAGAUUUCAUCGUGUUGUUCCUGGUUUUAUUGUUCAAGGUGGAGAUUGUGAUACACAAGAUGGAUAUGGAUGUAUCUCAAUCUAUGGCCGCGAAUUUAAUGAUGAGCCAUCAGCUUAUAAAUUUGAUGAAACAGGAAUCGUAGCAAUGGCAAAUAGUGGCCCAAAUUCAAAUGGUUGCCAAUUUUUCAUUACAAUGAAUCCAGCUCCAGAACUAAAUGAUAGUUAUGUUGUCAUUGGCAAAGUUUUUGAAGGAAUGCUUGUUCUGAGACAUAUUGAAAGUGUUCCUUUGAAACCACACAGUGAAAUUCCUACACUUGACUGUAUAAUAUCUCAGUGUGGUGAGUUAUAA